ACUAUGAUAAUUUUGAACCAAAUAGUCUCUCAUUCUGAGAUUGGAGACUGUUUAAAAUAUUUGGAUCUUCGAGAAUGAGAUUUAGUCGUUGUCUAGUGAAAAAGAUUCGUUGACGGAGGAAUGUCUUUCCCUCACCUCUUUAUCAUGUUUAUAUUUCUCCAAACCUUAUAUCAUGUUUUAACAUACCUUUGGGUUUCAGAUUCACUAAAAUUUUAUAAGCAUCAAAAAUAUUCCAUUAAUAGUUUCAUUGAAUCAUGUACAAUUCGGCCUAAAAACUCCGGAUCACUUUCAAAAGACGAAAAAUUAUAUUGUUAUUGUUUUACACUAGGUAAGUUAGGACCGUUGUUUUUGCAGCAUUUGUGUAACCGUCCACCGUGUUACUCAUUGGUACAAAUCAACGCUUUCAAGAACAACAGCGGUGAUAUCUAAACACUUAAGUGUUGGGACGUCAUAAGGCCUAAUGAAAACGGAUAAUUUUAUGGAAAAAGGUGGCAUUCCUAUUAAAUGUACAAAGGUUUCAAAGUAUACGGAUCACGACUACAUAGCUAGUUUUUCUACACACGCCCGUCGGCUCAGGUAGGGUGUUACUAUAUGAAUUCUCUUUACAUACGUCGUAUUACAUUAACGAUGGGAAUCGUUGAUAAUAAGCUUCAUGCUCUUAUGGAAACAUUUCGUUCAAAGUUUCUUAUUAAACAAGAUAUGUUUGAUGAUAUGCUAUUAGUAUUAAAAGAUGGUGUUAAAGAUGAUGUCUUGCUCUACAUAUGUGUUAGUAUAUUAAUUUGGACAAAACGUUUUAAAUGA